AUGGCGUCUGCUCUCACCGUCGUCCUCCUCGAGGGGUCCUACCCCAAACCCUCCAUCUCCAUCAGCCCUGGUGGGGUGAUCUCCUUGGGGGGAAACGUCACCAUCCGGUGUUGGCAUCAGCGCCUGGGAAUGAGGAUCCUCCUCUACAAGGAUGGAGCUGGGAACUAUCUGACUUACACAGACCCUGCCGGCUCUGAGGCUGAAUUUCCCAUCACCAGCGCCAGACGGGAACACGGGGGCAGCUACACCUGUCGUUAUAGCAACAGAACAGUACGAGCUGCCUACUCGGAGCCCAGCGACCCUGUGCAGAUCAUUGUAGCAGAGCCCAGCUACCCCAAACCCAACAUCUCCCUGCACCCCAGUGAGCAGGUCGCCCUGGGGGGAGCUGUGACCAUCCGGUGUGAGUGUCGGUGUCGGGGAGCGAGGUUCCUUCUGAGUAAAGCUGGAGACCUGGACGCACGGCGCUCGAUGGACCCUGCAGGGGACAUGGCUGAGUUUCCCAUCCACAACGUGAAUCGGAGAGAUGCAGGGAGCUACAGCUGCCAAUAUAGCACCAAGUGGGACCCGCCCGUCUGGUCAGAGCCCAGCGACCCCGUGGAGCUGGUGGUAGCAGAGGGAACCGACCCAGCUGGGCCCCAGCAGCCGGAUCUCCCCACGACGGAGCCGAAGGGAGAAGGGGGAACCGACCCGACUCAGCCGGGAAAAGCGCCGGCUCCCACCCGCCCAGGCACCGUGGGGCCAGAGCCCAGCUACCCCAAACCCAACAUCUCCCUGCACCCCAGCGGGCAGGUCGCCUUGGGGGGAGCCGUGACCAUCCAGUGUGAGUGUCGGUGUCAGGGAGCGAGGAUCUUUCUGAGUAAAGCUGGAGACCCGGACGCACGGCGCUCGAUGGACCCCGUGGGGGACGUGGCUGAGUUUCCCAUCCGCAACGUGAGCCUGGGAGACGCAGGGAACUACAGCUGCCAAUAUAGCACCAAGUGGGACCCACCCAUCUGGUCGGAGCCCAGCGACCCCGUUGAGCUGGUGGUAGCAGAGGGAACCGACCCAGCUGGGACCCAGCAAACACAUGCCCCCACGACGGAGUCUGAGGGAGAAGGAACAGCCGCACCCAGACCUGCUAUGCAAUGACUCCAG